AUGGGGCAGGUCCUGCCGGUCUUCGCCCACUGCAAAGAAGCUCCUUCUACAGCCUCUUCUACCCCCGAUUCCACCGAGGGAGGGAAUGACGACUCGGAUUUUCGGGAUCUACACACAGCCCGGGAAUUCUCAGAGGACGAGGAGGAGACCACAUCGCAGGACUGGGGUACCCCAAGGGAGCUGACCUUUUCGUACAUUGCCUUCGACGGCAUAGUGGGCUCUGGGGGCCGUAGGGACUCAGUUGCCCGUCGCCCGCGGCCCCAGGGACGUUCAGUCUCAGAACCACGAGACCCACCCCCACAGCCCGGCCUGGGGGACAGCUUGGAGAGCAUCCCUAGCCUGAGCCAGUCCCCAGAGCCGGGGCGCCGAGGUGACCCUGACACCGUGCCCCCGGCUGAGUACCCGCUGGAGGACCAGCUAGGCUGGGCUGCCCGGAGUGCGGGAUCCGGGGAGGAUUCGGCUACCAGCAGCUCCACCCCACUGGAAAACGAGGAGCCGGAUGGAUUGGAGGCCGUUGAGCCUAAGGAAGAGGCGAACCUGGAACUCCGACUUGCUCAGGCUCUACGUUCGCAACUUGAGGUCCUGACUCCUCAGCCUAGCCCCAGUUCCUGGACCCCCCAGGCUCAUACUCCAUCCCCAUCAAGAUCACAAGAUUCGAACUCCGGCCCUGAUGAACCUCUGCUGAACGAGGAAGAAGAGCAUUGGCGACUGCUGGAGCAGGAGCCAAUCACAGCACAGUGCCUCGAUAGCACAGACCAAUCAGAAUUCAUAUUGAAACCGCUCCUUCUAGGAACCGCAAGCAGUUGGUUAAAGACGACCUUGUCUAUUUACAAAGUUCCAAUUUGGGAGUUGUCCCCACCUCUCUGGACAGCCAUUGGUUGGGUACAAAGGGGCCCUUCCCCUCCCUCUUUCCCUCGGGUCUCACUGAAGUGGGCAAAAUCCCCAGAAGCGGGCGUCUGCAGCCGCUCUCUCGGAGUCGAGAUGGGGAGUAAAGUGGCAGACCUGCUCUACUGGAAGGACACCAGGACGUCUGGAGCCGUCUUCACGGGCCUCAUGGCCUCUCUCCUCUGCCUCCUGCACUUUAGCAUCGUGUCCGUGGCUGCGCACCUAGCCCUGCUGGGUCUCUGCGCCACCAUCUCUCUCAGGGUUUAUCGCAAAGUGCUCCAGGCCGUGCACCGGGGUGAUGGCGCCAACCCUUUCCAGGCCUACCUGGACAUGGACCUGACCCUGACUCGGGAGCAGACAGAGCGUUUGUCCCAGCAGAUUGCCUCCCAAGUGGUCUCCACAGCCACACAGCUGCGGCAUUUCUUCCUGGUAGAAGACCUGGUGGAUUCUCUCAAGCUGGCCCUUCUCUUCUAUAUCUUGACCUUCGUGGGAGCCAUCUUCAACGGCUUGACUCUUGUCAUCCUAGGAGUGGUCGCGUUGUUCACCGUCCCCCUUCUGUACAGACAGCACCAGGCCCAGAUCGACCAGUAUGUGGGGUUGGUGACCAAUCAGUUGAGCCACAUCAAAGCUAAGAUCCGAGCUAAAAUCCCCGGGACCGGAACCCCAGCAGCAUCUGCAGUCUCCGGAUCCAAAGCCAAAGCCGAAUGAGAGGGGUGUCUCUGCCCAAGGGACGCCUGCCCACACCCCAACAGCCCACUUGCCCUUCACUUCCCGUGCAUCCACACCCUCUCCCACUCCGCCAAGCCAUUUCCCAGUGGGAAGUGCCGGAACGACUGGGACUACAUUUCCUAAGAGGCUCUGCUCUGAGAGUCCAGGAACGCCCAGGCCCCUUAGCCGCGGAGCCUGCUGGGACUUGUAGUUGCGUAGUCGGACGCUGUUCUGCACUUCCAUGACCCGUCGCUGGAGGCACCGUGAGGGAUUGGUGUCUCUGAGGUCACCAACCCCUAAACUGGGGCUUUGCAUGGGGCCCAGAGGAGCCCUGAGCUUGGAUUUACACUGUAAUAAAGACUCCUGUGGAAAA